CAUGGGUACAAUUGACCUCUCGUGACCUAAUUACUUUUUUGUCGAGAUAGUAGAACAAAUUAAUGAAAAUAUUUUUUAUUUUUUGUCUUUAAACUUUAAAUAUUAACCUGCCUUGUAUUUAUUUAUCCAUUUUGAAACGGAAAAUUAGCUUCUACAAAAAUAAGACGAUCAUUUUUACCAGCACAUGUCGAGCUUCCUGUUUGAUGUCGGUCAUCGCGAAAGGCACAAAACGAGCCUGACUUCUCAAUCAGGCAAAUUUUUAACAGGCUUGGGUGAUUCCUAGCCGGCCUUGGUUUCCUGUACCCAUAUUGUGAAGGACGAACCACCGAGUCUAAACUCACCAACUUUAUAACCAAGAGCAUAAUCACUAUCAUUGAUGCCAUCAGCGAUGUCUGACGCUCAAGGCCCUGCCAAUCACAGGCUUAAAUCUUACAAAAACAAAGCCUUAGAUUCGCAGGAAUUGAGAAGGAGAAGAGAAGAAGAGGGAAUCCAGUUGAGAAAACAGAAACGAGAGGAACAGAUCUUCAAGCGACGAAAUGUUGCCAUACCUGACAAAGAUGAAAGUGGUUCUCCAUCAGACUUGCAAGACCCAAUGGUGUCUUCUUCUGGAGGUAUCAGUCAAGAGAUGGUGCAAGCGUUGUACAGUGAUGUCUUAGAGGAGCAAGAAAUGGCAACACAAAAGUUUCGGAAACUUUUAUCAAGAGAACCAAAUCCUCCUAUUGAUGAAGUUAUCCAGACUGGCAUCAUCCCCCGAUUUGUAGAAUUUUUGCAGCGAGACAGCAGCUGGUCUUUACAGUUUGAGGCAGCAUGGGCCCUCACCAACAUAGCAUCUGGCACGUCGCUGCAGACGCGUAUGGUUAUCAGUGCUGGGGCGGUGCCAAUCUUUAUACGCCUGCUCAGCUCGGAGAUUGAGGAUGUUCAAGAACAGGCUGUCUGGGCUUUGGGUAAUAUAGCUGGGGACAGUCCGGAGUGUCGGGAUUAUGUGCUCAGCGAAGGAAUUCUUGUACCUCUUUUGCAUUUGCUGAGGAAAUGUGCCAGCUUGUCUAUGACACGCAAUGCAGUGUGGUGUCUCUCAAACUUGUGUCGGGGAAAGAAUCCGCCGCCUGAUUUUAGUAAAGUGUGUAUUGCUCUGCCUGUGUUAGCCCACCUGCUGUACCACUCGGACAAAGAUGUGUUGGCCGACGCCUGCUGGGCCUUGUCCUACUUGUCGGACGGACCCAACGAAAAGAUCCAGGCCGUCAUCGACUCUGGUGUUUGUCGCAGACUUGUAGAGUUGCUUAUGCACAAUCACCAGAGUGUGGUGGCCGCCGCUCUGCGUGUGGUGGGCAACAUUGUGACCGGAGAUGACUGUCAGACACAGGUGAUAAUCAACUGCCACUCUCUCCCCUGCCUGCUGCAUCUUCUGGGCAGCUCUAAGGAGUCUAUCCGUAAGGAAGCCUGUUGGACAAUAUCCAACAUCACCGCCGGUAACCGACAGCAAAUUCAGAAUGUGAUAGAUUGCAACAUCUUCCCUGUUCUCAUCGAUAUUCUGGGCAAAGCUGAGUUCAAAACCAGAAAAGAAGCGGCCUGGGCAAUUGCUAAUGCCACAUCAGGGGGUUCACCAGAACAGAUCAGGUUCCUGGUGGAGCAGUCAUGCAUCCCUCCACUGUGUGACCUGCUGACUGUGAUGGACAGUAAGAUUGUCCAAGUGGCCCUUACAGGCCUGGAUAACAUCCUCCGGCUGGGCGAGACGGAUGCCAAACAGGGAGACGGAGUCAACCCCUACGUUGUCAUGACCGAGGAAUGCUAUGGUCUGGAUAAGAUUGAGUUCCUCCAGAAUCAUGAGAACCGGGAGAUCUACCAGAAGGCUUUUGACAUCAUCGAGCGCUACUUCGGGACAGAGGAGGAGGACCGGGCCCUGGCCCCGCAGAUGGACCAGGCCUCGCAGCAGUACCAGUUCAGCGGCGGGGACAGCAGCGCCCCCGUGGGAGGCUUCCAGUUUUGAUAGGCAGCCCAGCAUAGCGUUAGAGAUUUGGUCCUAGAUGUAAUAUCCUCUUCUUUUUUCAAGUCUGUGGUCGUAGUUGCCUGUACACACACACAAACUCAAACUACACUCUGAUUGGCUUCUCUCUCACAAGAUGAAAGAUCUGGUGGAAAGUUUUUUGGGGUUGUUUUUCUUCUUUUUUUAAAAAUUGUUUUUUGGUGUGAACUUUGACCUGUCUUAAGGUGAGACGGAGAGCCCUGUGUCUAAAGUGGAAGAAGCCCUUCUGGAUUUCGCAGAUGUAGUCUCAAGUGGAGAUUUGAGGGAGGGGGGGGGGGGGGGGUCUUGAGUCAGUGUGCCUCGGACAUAAUAUAUCACGUGGUGCCUUGGCUGCUGCUGUUUACUGAGUACGAAGAAGGUUCGCCGCCGCCGCUGCCACUACCACCACCACCACCACCACCACAAGGCAAGUGCAUCUUCUGCUUGGGGACUUCCUCUGCGAUCCGGUGUUGUGUAAAAAACUUUCUCAGCAAACCUUUCUGUCCUGUGAGGUGUGGCUUCAAGGUAGCUCAUUGUAUCUCUUAGCAAAUGUCUUCAAUUUGUAGAUUACGAUAUUCAUAUUUGAUUGGAAUAGUGUCCAUCGUAUAGAUGAGCAGUAUGCUGUUGUUGUUUUGUUAUUGGUUGGGUUAUGUCUUUGAUUUGUUUAAUAUUAUUAUAUUUUUUUUUUUCCUAUCAGAAUGAAUGCAAUUUACAAAGCACACAUUCACGGGUUUGAUUGAGACAGAUGCAGAUGUUUCCAGGGUGAACGUUAUGGUAUGCAAGUACGGGUACUUCUUCACUGGGUGGCUUAGUCAAGAAUCGCUUCUGCUGACAAAGUAAUGUCUCUCAGAAGUUUAUUACAGUUGUAUUUAAGAAAGUGCAGUUAUGUUCCCCGUUUUUUUUUGGG